AUGGAAGAAGAGCAGAUCGAAGCCAUCUCCCAGCUCUCUCCAGAGCUCCGACCCUCCAAGGUCAAGUCUACAGCGAAGUUGACAUCAAAAAAAGAAGCAAAGACCAAGGAGAAAGAUGAGAUAAACCAAAACCACUCAAAGGCGCCACAGGGUCAGCGAAGCACGGCGGUCGUCGCAACAGUGGGAACCAGGAGAGGCGCAAGAAAAGCUAGCAAGCAGAGGAAGACUCUCCCCAAAAUCAAAGCAGCUGAAGCAUACACGAGACCAACUGCUACAAACUCGGAAUGUCCCUCGACAUGA